GCAAGAAAAGAGGGGAGGAAGGAAGGGAAGGAAAGAGUAAAGGUGAGAAUGAAUAAGGAAGUGGAGGAAACAGAAACCUAAGAAACAGUAGACUAAGACAGCUAUGCACUUGGUUCUAUCUAGACCUAUCAGUUUCUCAUUCCAGUAUCUCCAAGUCCCCAAAGUCUUGUUGUCUUUGAGUUUUACAAUAAGACUCCAGUUUCCUAAUAAUAAAAAUUUUUUAUUUAACCCAUGGGGGGAUUACUGGAAACCAAAAGAGACAAGAAAGAUACGUGAAGUCUUGAGUACUCAAUUAGCCUAUAUAACAGCAAACCUAGGUCCUUUGUUGCAUGCUUCUAAUAUUAACUUAGCCAAUGAAUGGAAUAACAAAUGUACAAGCUUUGAGAUAAUUAAUCUAUACUAGAGAAUUUUGUUAUAAACCUUAAUUUUAUAAAUAAUUGGCAAAGUCUUUCAACAGAAGAAAUGCUACAAAGGGUUUUAUGGAAUGUUUUUCUAACAAGUUUCCCUCCAUUAUUGUAUGUGCCCCAGGACUAGUUUUUAAAAGUAACACUUAGAUUGUUAUUGUUUGAGUGUCUAUACCUUUUCUCAGGAUCAUCAGACAUGUGAACAUAAUUAUUUUAUCAUUUAAUGUAAAAUCUUCAGAGUCUACAAAUAAUGUAGUUUAUAGAUUAUAUGGGUUGAUUCAUGAUUUUAAGAAUAAUACAGUAUUUGAUGGACACAUACUCUAUUAUUAAAAAGGCUCAUAAAAGUUUAAGUUUCCUGCCAAGUCUACAAGCUUAAAUUUUUCUCCUUAGAAGAGAAAAAUAAGGAGAAUUUUUUUCUGAGAGAUGACAGAUGGGAAUGAAAAACUAAUUUUGAUGCAUUUGCUCACUGACUUAGAUACCAGCUUCUACUGGUUAAUUUUUUUAAUGCAUGAAUAUUAAGGGCACAUUUUCUUGCCUAUUUAAUUUCAUAGUAGAGAGGUUGGAUCCAUGACCAAGAUCUCUGAGGAAAAUUCUUAGAUAUAACUGUAACCAGCAUGUUCUCAUAUUUUGAAGGUUGAUUUAAUUAAAUUUGUUUCACUACUAGAAGAAAACAUUCUAAAAUAGAAUGAUUUGUACCUCAAUAGAAUUGAACCAAUAUUCAACACAAUGUUUACAUGAGGCCCAAGCUGUUUUCCCAGUUAUCCAGGUGACUGGAGUGCCAGACUAUGUUAUACUGUUGGUUAUUUAAACAAUAUUAAAGUAUUGUUUAAAAUUUGGUGCAACUGGGGAGACUCCAGGUCCCUCUCCCCAAGAUAUUUUUUCCGUCCUUAGGAGUAAAAACUUUAUUCUAGGGUGUCAGGAUCUCCAGCUACCCUCAAGAGCUACGUGAGUUGCUUGCUAAAAGUAAAUUGUGUUUCCUACUUGAGAAUAAGUUUAACCUGCUGUUUCAAAUAAACCUAACUUAUUUUCUUCUGCACUUUAGUUACUACUGUAACUUUAGCUCUUUAGUAUAUUUGUAAUGUUGACUUCCCUACUUUUCAAGAUCUCAGUGAAUGUUAACUUCAACAUGUAUAUAUCUUAGUUUUAGUAACAGAUGUAGAUGCUUUCUACAAAUAGUUUUAGAUAAUUAAUAGUCAAUACAACAGUGCUUACAGAGAUAUUGAGACAAUAUCUGUAGACAAUAUUUAUAAAUAAGUUAUCCACAAUCCCUUAAGCUAUUUAUUUAGUUUGCAUAAUAAACCAGUCCUAGCUGGUCUGUCACUUAAGUUUAUACUCUUGAAGUAUGUAAAUGAAUCUCUUCAUCUACCUUGCUGGCAGUGUGUUAAGAGUUUGAUUUCUUUAGGAAUAGACUGAUAACUACCCAUCUUUUUCUACUCAAUUACCCCAGAAUACAGAUAGUAUAGUAGACUUUAUAUUGUAAGCUUCAGAACAACAAAGAAGCUAUGUGUAUUCCCACCACUUAGUAUACUGCCUGACAUAUAAUAUGAAAUCAAUAAGGUUUAUUGAAUAAACAAAUAAAUACAGUUAGCUUUGUUCUUGCAUCAUUUCCCAAAGUGGCUGGCACCAUUUCCACAUUCACAAUCUCACAGGAAAAUAGAAGUUACAAUUUUAUUUAUAAACCACCCGAUAUAUAAUCCGUGGUGGUGGUUGUGUAUGUGUGUGUGCAUAAAUCAAGUAGAAAGCUUUUUGUAGCAUUUCCAGCAAACUAGGUUUAAGUGCAACACAUGGUGGCGCUGUAAGCUAAGGCUUCGAAAAAACAGACCUGAGGAGGGGAGGGUUCCGGUUCUGGUGGUCAUUACACAGAUCUAAGGAAGAGAGGAGGAUCCUUAACGGAAUUACCCUGCGGCAAGGAUUGAUUCCCCGGGCAGACUUCCUGCAGACCCAACAGGCAGCCGACCCCAAAGACUUCUGGCGCUGAAAAAAAUGGAGGCUGAAGAGGAGCGCUUUCCUACACUAAGGCAAGUCCUGCUUCUCUUUGUUUUUCUGGCUCAGACUAGCGCAGAGCAGAAAGGUUAUAGCGUCGCAGAAGAAACAGAGGGUGGUUCUUUUGUGGCCAAUCUAGCAAAGGACAUAGGGCUGGAGGUAAGGGAGCUGUCUGGGCGGAGGGCUCGUGUCAUUUUUAACAACAACAGAGAACAUUUUCAGCUGAACCUUCAGACUGGAGAUUUACAAGUACAUGAGAAACUGGAUCGGGAAGAGCUGUGUGGUCCCACUGAACCUUGUGUGCUGCAAUUCCAGGUGUUACUGGAAGAGCCUUUGGAAGUCUAUAGGUUUAAGCUUUUGGUCCGUGACAUAAAUGACAAUUCACCUGUGUUCCCGAAAGCAGAAAUGAUUUUGAAAAUCAUGGAAAGUACUCUUCCAGGGACUGUGUUUCCCCUGAAAAAUGCACAAGACUUGGAUGUGGGCAUCAAUAAUGUUCAAAACUAUACCAUCCACCCCAACUCCCACUUCCACGUUCUUACCCGAAAUGGCAGUGAGGGCAGAAAGUACCCAGUGCUGGUUCUGGACAAAGCUCUAGAUCGCGAGGAGCAGCCGGAGCUGAGGUUAACGCUCACGGCAGUAGAUGGCGGAGCUCCUCCCAAAUCUGGCACCGCCCUGGUCCUCAUUGAGGUGUUGGAUAUCAAUGACAACGCCCCUGAGUUUGUGCAGCCACUCUAUAGAGUGCAGAUCCUGGAGAACAGCCCUCUGGGCUCCCUUGUUGUCACUGUUUCCGCGAGGGAUUUAGACACGGGAAUAAACGGGGAAGUGUCCUACUCAUUCUUUUAUGGCGAUGAAGAGAUUACUAGGACAUUUGCACUUAAUGAACGCACAGGUGAAAUUACAAUCAUUAGGAAACUAGAUUUUGAAAAAACUGUUUCAUAUGAGGUGGAUAUUAAGGCGUCUGAUGGGGCAGGUCUUUCUGGAAAAUGCACUGUCAUAAUACAAGUGGUGGAUGUAAACGACAACACCCCAGAACUGAAGGUGGUUUCACUUACAAGCUCCAUUCCAGAAAAUUCCCCGGAAACGACCAUAGCUCUUUUCAGUGUUCAAGACCCAGACUCUGGGGAGAAUGGAAGGAUGGUGUGUUCCAUCCAGGAAGAUCUCCCUUUCACGCUGAAACAUUCCGUUGAGAAUUUCUACAAGCUGGUAACAGAAGGACCUCUAGACAGAGAGAGUCAGGCCGAGUACAACAUCACCAUCACCGUCACGGACAUGGGGACCCCCAGGCUGGAAACCCAGCACAACAUCACCCUGCUGGUCUCCGACGUCAACGACAACGCCCCCGCCUUCACCCAAACCUCCUACACCCUGUUCCUCCGCGAGAACAACAGCCCCGCCCUGCACAUCGGCAGCGUCAGCGCCACAGACAGAGACGCGGGCGCCAACGCCCAGCUCACCUACUCGCUGCUGCCGCCCCACGACCCGCAGCUGCCCCUGGCCUCGCUGGUGUCCAUCAACGCGGACAACGGCCACCUGUUCGCCCUGAGGGCGCUGGACUUCGAGGCGCUGCAGGCGUUCGAGUUCCGCGUGGGCGGCCACUUUCCGGGCCACCUGGUGGACAUCAGCGGCACAGGAACCCUGUCCCAGGGCUACCAGUAUGAGGUGUGUCUGAAUGGAGGCUCAGGAACCACCAGAGAGUUUAAGUUCCUAAAAUCUGUUGCCUCCAACCAUCCGGGGUCUGUGAAUGGUGUGGAGGAAAACUCUAAUUUUGUAAAUGGUUUUGGAUUCAAUUAGGAAUUUGUUAAAUUUUCAGAGCAUUCCAGGUGAAGAUUAGCUCUUUUAAAAUAUAUUAUGUCUCCCUUACCAAUUUUAAUACAUACAGAUUUUCUUUGAUUUUAUUUCCUAGUUAAGGAGAUUAGAAACUUUAAGUAUAUACUCAUGGUCUCUUUCUCUCUGUGUGUGUGUGUGUGUUAAUUCUCACCCAAGGAUUUUUUUCCCAUUGAUUUUUUGUU